CCGUUUUAUUCCCGCCAACUCGCUUAAACUGAAAGGAACUUGUUUCUCAAAAAAUAAGUUCGUGUUAUAAUAUUUGAAAAUCUUAAAAAUGUCCACAAAAGGCAAGAAAGGAAAAGAUUUCAAGAUGAAGCAAAAGUCCAGGUCAUUCAGGUCGGGACUGGCCUUCCCCGUCGGCAGGGUGCACCGCCUCCUUAGGAAAGGACAUUACGCGGACAGAAUGGGUUCAGGUGCUCCAGUGUACCUGGCUGCAGUUUUGGAGUACCUGACUGCAGAGAUUUUGGAACUGGCCGGCAAUGCGGCGCAUGAUAACAAGAAAUCGAGGAUCAUUCCACGGCACAUCCAGCUGGCUGUCAGGAAUGAUGACGAGUUGAACACUCUUUUCAAUGGAGUGACAAUUGCUCAGGGUGGAGUGCUGCCUCACAUCGAAGCAAGUCUUCUCCCAAAGAAGACUAAAGUUCCCGGCCAGAACUCAAACGAGUCUCCGAGCAGGAAGACCUCUCAGAGUCAAGAUUAUUAAACUGCUCGACAGUUUUUUCCUUUGUUUUAUUUUUGUGUAGUUUCAAUUUUUUAUCGUCGUAAUUAAUAAUUAGCCUAUGGUUUAUUUAUUCACGUAAAAGUAUAUACAAUUUGUUUUUAUGUUUAUCCAAUGUAGGAAAUGACUGUAUUGUGAUAAAUUGUAUCAUUCUUUAACAGUCGGGUCAGUCUGAAACGAGAAAUAUUUUGCUACAGUUAACUAAACAUUUGAGUAAAUUCAGUAAACCUUAUUUAUGCUUAAGUACAUUCUGUAAUAUGAGACAAUUUGAUGCCAAAGGAUUCAAUACUCUCUAAUAAUUUUAACCAGCGGGAGGAGCAGGCGUCAUUUAAAAAUUGAAAUUUGCGUCGUGUUGGUUUGUGCUGUGCAAGUACCUAUUAAAAUUUAAAAAAAUAUACAAAUGCUUCUGUUGCGUGGCAUCGAUUUAUUUGAAAUUACGAGCAUAAGUUAGUUAUUGCAAUCUGUGAACAGAGAUUUUAGCUGAAAAAUAAAUGCUACUCAGCCAAAUAAACAUUUUAAAAAUUUAAAGAAUUGUAUCAGACUAGCUUGAUAAAUAACAUAGCUAUCCAACUUGU